UUCACGGCACUUGUCACACGUUCAUCAUCGGGGAAGAUUACUUGAGGGAAAAUGACGGCGAUACUGGACAAAGAGUCUGUACGGGAAGCUUACAACGACGUAAGAAGUGAUGACUCGGAGACCAACUGGGUCGUGCUGAAAAAUGAGGGAUCUCAAAUUGUCGUGGAUUCCACCGGAGAAAGUUAUGACGAGUUUUUUGCGAAGUUCACAGAUGACAUGUUGGGGUUUGGAUAUGUACGCAUCUUCACAGGAGAUGAACUGAGCAGAAGAGCUAAAUUCGCGUUGAUCACGUGGAUAGGACAGAACGUCUCACCGCUGAAGAAGGCCAAAAUGAGCACCAAUAAAGCCUUUGUCAAGGAAGUCAUCCAUAGUUACGCAAAGGAGAUUUUGGUAGAGGAUUCAGAAGACUUAAACGAGGAAGGCAUUCGAGAGUUACUAGUGAAGGCAGGCGGAGCGAACUAUGGCACGGGGGCUUAAGCCCUGUUCACACUAGUUACAUAAAUUAGCAUAUACCUAAGCGUUAUCUAACUUCUCAAUCAGCCCACCUCAUCCUAUAGCCGCGCUAGACUCCACCUAUACGUACAGGAUCCACUCAUCGACUCUUUAGUGACGCAUUCUGAUCAGAUACACAAGGGUAGUGCGAAGCUGCUGUAUUAGCCUAAAUCUCUACUAUAAGAAGAAAGCCCCUUUUUCUUUUUGUCGUAUAAACUACUGUCUCAGCUGGGAGUCGUUUGUGUCGUACCAUUAUCACCGACAGUUAAAAAUCAGAUAUGUAUGUUUAUGUAGUCAAAUUAGAUAUGUUGGCCUAUAGAACAAUGUUCCCGCGGUUUCUACUGUAUGAGCGUCUAAAGGAUAAACUGUUUUGCUUUUCAUAUACGUGCGUGUGUUCGUUCUGCCAUAUUUAGCUGUAACGUCAUGUGUCAAACAUUGUCAUAAUGGACAGCGCUGACGGCUUCCUGCUGCCGGCAUUAGGGGAAGCAAAUACGUUUCCUGUAAUAAUACUUCUAGUAUAUACUGACAAGACAAUGAGUGUAUGUAAAUGAGUUCAAUGUCUGUAGCAGACAGCUGCACACACCACGAUGCCGAUAUAAUAGCAGGUACUUUACCGUCAUUGACAGCCAAUCGUGUGAGGUGAAUCACAACUGCAAUCUGUUCCACAUUUUGUGGGAUUGUCUUCAGUAGACUACCAUUUAAAACCCGUUUCACCGUCGAACUUAUUUAACAAACGCGGACAAUAUGCUGUCAUUUCUUCAUUGAGCGUACAUAGACAUUAUAGACGUGUUAUUUUCAGUCUACACAUAUAAUACCUGACAUUUUGCCUAUCUCCCUAUACAUCAGAGCGAGUUAAACAUGCAUGUACACAGAACUGAGCUCCACUUUUGUAAACGUGUGCAUGUGUGUAUAUACCUCAGUCUUGUUUACAAGAUGAUGUGACUUGAGUAACUUAUCGAAGAUGUCUCGGAGGGUGACUGACUUGUAAUUUGAAUGUCCUGUAAUAUGUUUCAACAUGAAAAUCCAAAGAGAUUACAUUAUGCAUGUAAUGUGUUCUCAAAUUAAUAAAACCAAAGAUGGUACAAGUAUAUACGUUGGUAUUAACCAUUGCAUUCCUUUCUUUCGCAGGUAUAUUGUUUCACGUUAGGUUUAUUUGUCAAAAUUGAUGAAACUUUAUCAAACUUUAAUGUACCCGAGAUAGGCAUAUACAAGUGAUAAAUCAACAAUCUUUUCCUGAACAUUAGCAUCUGGUACCGAUGCUCUUUGGUGUACCAUCAGCAUUGUGAAAAUCUGUUGCUGAACAGUGUAUUUUACUGUGAUCAGGCUUGAGGCAUUUACAACAGUUUUGUCCUAAUUCAAAGGUACCAAAGUUAGACUAAAUGUCAUACCAGAAUUAAAUCUGAUAUACUUGAGACCAACCAACAUGAAUGGGAUGUUGCCCCAAGACCCCAGACUAUGGGACUAACGUCUAAGGUUAUCUUAUUUUGCCAGUUCUUUGCAGGUGUAGGCCUACCUCCAUGAUCUAUACGUGUUGCUUGGGUUUAACAACAACCAGGUGGUAGUGCGCAAAGGGGCUUUAACAAUUGUAUAUAUUGUCCAGCGUUUUAUCGUUCUGUGAUUAUAGUGUAAAAUCGAUUAAGUAGGAUAUAUUCCUGACCAGUUGCUGUUGAUAUUUGUCGAAAAUACAAUUGUAUAAAUGAGAAUGAAUGAGAAGUACGAUUAUUCUGUUCAUCGUCAGAGCACACUAAUAUACCGUAUAUACGUUUCACAGUGAACUGUGGAUAUGCCUUCAUAAAACGGACUGAUUUAAUCUAGAUCUGAGAUCUGUUUCAUUCUUCCCACCUUAGCUUUCAGGAAUGCAUGCUGGAGAGGAGCAGAUGUGGAAGCUAAGGUGGGAACAUGGCCAACCGAUCUCUUAGCUAGUUCAAAACUUGUCUGUAAAUAUAUUUUCCUUCAUUGGAUGUCACAGUGUAAUUGAUAAACUCUUUACCUAAUUAAAGAUAUUGGAUAUUAAUAGUCAUCUUUAUAGUGGAGUAAUGUCUCUAAUUAGUUCAAUUAGCUUCAAACCCUCUUCACCGCUUCCAUGUUGCAUGCGCGUAACUUGCAUCUAACAAUGUAUUUCAUUGGAGAAAAUCCAUUCCAAACGCCGUAUCGUUGACCACUUUUCAGUUUGUUAUCGUGCUGACAUAUUAAGUUAUUAACUCCGGACGCAUGUAUAGCGUUCUAACUGAACACACAUUUUUACUUACGGAAUUUUUACUUUACGGAAAUUUGUACGAGCGCAAAUAUUAUUGAUAUUUGUGAUAUGUUCAUUAUAAAGGAAUUUUCUCGAAUAAAUGCUUACAAAUGC